AUGCCCGAUUUAUCUUUUUUUUGUGGCUGCCAACGUCAAGAUGUUCUGGGGGAUGAUAUCUUUGUGCAGCUGACAAUUCUGCCAUUUGCUCGGGGGACUAUAUACUGGAAAUCUCAGUGUCACCCAAAUGAUUUCAAUUUCGUGGUGGAUUCUUCGUUGGAUGGUGGUGGAUUCCGAUGCUUGUUUGAGUAA